AUUCAAUGUUUUUUUGUUUCCCUCUCUCUCCAACAUCAUCAUCAUCAUCAUCAUCAUCAUCACCACUUCCGGAUCAGCGAAAAAAUAAGUAGCAAAAAAAGAAACGAAACCACUUCUGUGAUCCCACCCAGACCCAGCAUUUCUUCCAAUUCUCAGAUUCCAGAAAACCCUAGACUAUUCAUCACCCAAUUUAGGAUCUUCCAAUUCUGUUUCAGUCUAAUAUAACCGUAAAAAAUUUCAGUUGAUUUGUGAUUCGGUUAUGCUCUCUUCAAUUUUCGAAUACAUUGUUGAGUUUGAACUGAUAGUGAAAUUGAAUUGAGGAUCGGAAUGAGAGAGUUAUCAUAUGUAUAAUGUCUGGAGGUGGAGGUUCAAAGGGUCUUGGUAUUCGUUCUUUAAGUUAUGGCUCUUUGGAUUAUAAUUAUAAUAAUAACAACAAUAAUAAUAAACAGCUACAAAACUUUGUUCCUCUUUCUCCUAUUCAAUUAUCAUCAGCACGUAAGGGUUUAAAAAUGAUUAAGGAGAAAGAAAAGGAACAGUUGUUCCUUUGGAUCUUCAAGUUUGCUGGUCGCAAGAAGGUUGGGAUGCUUUUCCUAUGUCUCAUCUCUGUUGUCGUUUUCAUCUGGGUUUUGUAUGUUGGAAAAGGUGAAGAUUCUCAGGAAGCAAACACUGUGCAGAGUAUAAGUGUUAACGAAAGCGUGUCUGCAAGUGAUUCUCCGUCUGAAAUAUCUACGGCGAAAUUUGCAUUAAUUCCUUCUCCAACUAGCUACUUUUUGGGCUACCAUCUUCCUCCAGAGCAUCCGUGUAAUAGUUUCACAUUACCUCCCCCACCGGCUGAUAAAAAGCGUAUCGGGCCACGUCCAUGUCCAGUAUGUUACCUUCCUGUGGAAGAAGCCAUUGCACGGAUGCCAACAUUGCCCUCACCUUCUCCGGUUCUUCAGAAUUUAAAAUACGUCUAUGAAGAAAAUUUAAGUAGAGGUGCAGAAUUUGGUGGUUCAGAGUUUGGUGGAUAUCCUACUUUGAAGCAGAGAAACGAGUCUUUUGAUGUACAAGAGUCAAUGAGCGUGUACUGUGGAUUCGUAAGAGGAACUAAACCUGGCCACAACACAGGAUUUGACAUCGAUGAAGAUGACCUUCUUGAAAUGGAUCACUGUAAUGGCGUGGUUGUUGCAUCAGCAGUAUUUGGUCUGUAUUGUGUGAUUUCAGCAUUUAUUUACUUGUUUUUAAGCCAGUUAUUGAUGAUCAAUUAUAUACACCAUUCAGGUAAUUUUGACGAGAUAAAUGAGCCACAGAACAUAAGCGAUUAUUCGAGGAAGACUAUAUGCUUCCUUAUGUUUGUAGAUGAAGUAACAGAAAAAUAUCUGAGGAGUUCUGGCAGGCUGGGAGUCAGCAAGAAGAUUGGUUUGUGGAGAAUUAUAGUUGCUCGCAAACUUCCUUACACAGAUGCAAGACGUACAGGAAAGAUUCCAAAGCUUCUGCUGCAUAGAAUGGUUCCAAAUGCUCGCUACUCUAUCUGGCUUGAUGGAAAGCUUGAGCUUGUUGUUGAUCCAUAUCAAAUUCUUGAAAGGUUUCUGUGGAGGAAGAAUGCAACUUUUUCAAUAUCAAAGCAUUAUAGACGCUUUGAUGUAUUUGUUGAGGCCGAAGCCAAUAAAGCUGCUGCAAAGUAUGAUAAUGCCUCUAUUGACUCACAGAUUGAGUUUUACAAGAAGGAGGGAUUGACCCCAUAUACAGAAGCCAAGCUUCCUCUUAUAAGUGAUGUUCCCGAAGGAUGUGUAAUAGUAAGAGAGCAUGUUCCUAUUAGCAAUCUCUUUACAUGUCUCUGGUUCAAUGAAGUUGACCGAUUUACUUCAAGGGACCAGCUAAGUUUUUCAACCGUCAGGGACAAAAUUUUGUCACGGGUAGAUUUUCAUUUCAACAUGUUCUUGGAUUGUGAAAGGCGCAACUUUGUAGUUCAGAAAUACCACAGAGAUUUACUACUGCGUCGGGCUCCACCAGCAACCACUGCUCAAACUCCUCCACUAUCCCCGCCACCUCCAUUGGCUAUGCUUGCAACGUCGCCUGAAAAUAUUGUAACUCCACCUGUUAGAAGAGGCCCUGGAAGGCGUGGAAAAGAUAAAAAGCGCCACCGCAAAGUUGUUGCUGGAAGUACCGAGAAUGAAGCAGGUUAAUAAGUUUUGUUCGGGUGAUUAUAUUGUUUCUUUAAAAAAAUACUCCCACCGGCCUUAAAUAUAAGAAAAAAUUAAUACAAGUAUUUAAGGCCGGAUGGAGUAUAAAUUCCACCUACACAAGUCAUUCAUUGCAGAGCUGGAGGGAAAAUGUGCAAGAAAAGUGUUGUAUUAUUUCCACAUGGAUGCUCCCAUUCUUUUUUAUUUUGUUCAAUUGCCCAUUUUUUUGCUGUAUAUAGGAUAAAAUUUUCAGUAAUUACAAUAUGGGCUGCUGCUAAAUUCCUCAAGCAGUAACCCACUUUCAUAUUCAAUUAUGAUAGUGAUAAAGAAAAUAUACUUCAUCUCAAUUACACUCCACGAAAGAUUUCUUGUUAAUAAAGCAACUGAGUUGUCUA